AUGGCGAUACGACAAAACAUUGCGGCCGAACACAUUCCGAUUCGGGACAACACACAUGUCUACAUCAAAGAGAAGCAACAACUGGAGAAGAGAACAGCAGGACGCAAUUACGCACCAAGCGUCACCAUCAUGGCAGGAAGGAACAGCGGUGGGAGGUCAACGACUUCUUCUCACCCUUCCGUCGUAAGCUACGGCAGGGAGGUCAACAUCGUCGAGAGAUGCUGGGAAGUCCUGCCCACCGGCUCCAAACCCAAGGCAGGCCUCGUCCUCAUCCACGGCGGCAAUUGGCACAGCGGCUGGUUCGGGGAGCUUGGCGACCUGCUGUCUUCCGCAGAGUACUCGAUUCGCGUUUCGGCUCCGGAUCUUAUCUCGCAUGGGCUCUCUGAUGAUCCUGUUCCCGGAUACAGAGCCUACUGUCCGGACUUCGCGAGCCAGGCCGAAGAAGUCGGAGCGGCCAUCGCCCGCGCGCGUGCCGCUCUCCCGAAAGGCUGCCCCCUGUUUGUUCUUGGAGAGUCCAUGGGCGGCCUCUGCGCUCUUCAGCACCUGAUUUCGGAGAAGGCCAACGACCUCACCGACACCGUUGACGGCGUAAUUCUGUGCGGGGCCCUUCUCCAGAUCGCGCCAGGGCUGCUGCCUCCGAAGGUCGUGUUCAAGCGCCAGAAACUCUCUGAGCGACACAAGAUAGAUGCGGUUUUCCCCCUGCUCCAGGCCGUGGGGUGGCUCAUACCAAGUCUGGGCGUGCCAGGCGCGGCGAUCGGAGGCGAGACGUUUGACACGGCCUUCGGAGACCCAGCCGUCGGCCCGGCAGCUCGAGCGGACCCCUUGGUGACCGAGAUGGCACCGCCGAGGCUCGGAAUGAUGCUCGGAUUCCUGAAAGCCAUGGACGUGACGAAGCGGGAAGGGCCGGUCAAACUCAAGGUGAAAAGCGUGCUGAUGAUGCACUACAAGGGGGACCAACGCACCCUGUACGAGGACUGCCAGCGUUUCGUGGAUGAUCUGCCCAUGGAAGACAAGGUGUGCAUCCCGCUUGAGGGCGACAGCCACCAGAUCUUCCAAGAUACACCGGAGAAGAGCAAGAAGCACAUCGAGACCGUGGGUCGCUUCAUCACCGAGCGAGCCGGCUGACGAACCAAAACAAGAAUCGACCGCAGAUUCGUGGAGUGUCAUCUGUUGGUGUGGUUUGUGGUUGCUCUCACUGCUGAGGUGUAGCUGUGGUAUGUUAACCACUCGAGUGCACUGCGACUCGUCAUCAACCAGGCACUGUCCCCGCACAUACGCAAGAGGAUAGUUGUUGAAGUCUUCCGGUACGGUUUGAACAUCCCUUUUUUUCUGCGUGGCAAGGGUUGCAUGUGCCAGCGGAACGUUUUUCGCUUGUGUGUCUUCACGUAGACUGAGUAUAGCUUUGUCCCUCCUGAGCUGCGAACGCCAUUUGGAGGAUAUACACACCGCGAAGGCUUGCUUAUAUAACGGGAGUACAUUUAGGAGUGGCGCGGGGGGUUCAACGUCAUUGCACGUUCGCCGUACAUCGCCGCCCACAAACACGAGCGUAACUCGAAACUGACACUACUGGCCUGGGCGAACUCGAUACUUUUGCCGCAGGGCCGGUGCUAAGGGCUCCCCAGCCACGACACGAGUCACAUAGAGCGAGCCGUCGACUGCAGGUUAUUACCGUAUGUAAAUAAAUAAUUUGUGCAUGCGAAUACCAAACUAGAGCGGACCCUGGUUGAGCCGGCGGUAAAGAUGGUCCGAGGCGGUGUGUUCUAUAAUGUUAAGCAAUCGAGUGAGGCGAAGCGGCCUUGUGUUCCCUGAAAAGCUGGUCGGCAGAUGCGGGGGUAUAUACUAGGGAAUUCGUAAAUCAAGUUAGGCCAUGAGCGUUAUUGAGUCACAUGUGUCACUGGAGCAUGCCGGUCGUCCGAACUUUCUUCCAUCUUGAAGUUGGUCCAAAGUACUUAGAAUGGGAGCAAGUGGAUUUAGAAAGGGGUUCCGUAUUGGCGAAAUCAAGGGGUCACUUGAACAAGGGUAGAGGUCGGCACGGUUAGACAUUUGCAGUCAUUGUUUUACUUGUUCCCCCUGGCUGGUCGGUAGCACGACUCGGAGGCUCUUCAGCGCCCCCUGUUAUCCUUGUCAAUAUCUACUGCACUCAAAGAUAUUCAUGGAUUCUGCUAGUCGUUGCUUAAGAGUAUUUUCGAAGGUACGGCUGUAAUAGUUUCUCAAGUAUCGGGCCAUGUCUACGACAAUGACUAUACGGUGUCAACUACUAGGGGCUCGAACGGUACUACAAGUGAGUGUGUCAUACUUGGCGUUGUCGGCGUGUCAAACGCAGUGGUUCGGUGGCAUUGCGUUUUGUCUUUUCUCCUACAUAAUACGUGAUUGAUGAUGUUUUUCUUUGUGCGCUUUUCUCCACUCUUGAUUAGUCGAAUGUACCCUGUUUCGGUGUGAGGUGAUAGGCCCAUGUCUAUUUCUUCCCCCCGCGUAGGGUAACUUGAUGCUGCCACAUUCUUGUAUUCCAUCUAUCUGGAAGCAACCUCCUUUUCAGUCCCAGAACGUGAUAAUCAAGGUUCGUGAACAACUACAGGGCGUUCGUUUGGUACGUCCGUGAGUUGGUGAAACAUUCUAAACCCGCCUCCGCGCGAAUAGCGGCGACGACCCUAUGCGCCGUGUAAGUACGUGAAGGUAGAGCAGCCGAUGAGCUCAUAUAUGGGAGGGCGUGGACAGAGGGGUAGAGCCUACGCGAUCGGCGGGUCUACGCUGUUCCGCUGGAAAAUGGUGGCACUGGAACAGUCCCCUAACCGCGGUCCGCCUCCAUCCGCAUGUACCGUGUGAGAAGGAGUGUCAUCGGAAUUGAAGGAAAGAGGUUGCAUCUGCGCAUCAUCCGAGUAGUUUAAUGAGGACUAGGGAGGUGCCAGGGGAGACCGCAAGGGGAGUCAAGAGUUCUUGCGGAUGGAAGCUACUCAGCAGAGAUCGGAACAUAUGUUAAUGUGAAGACAACAAGCUUCUCGGGGUAGGGAAGAGGAAUUCAGAAUGUUUUUAAGAAUGCAGUUACUGU